AUGAGCAGUGGCGACGGGGGGCUGCCCGCUGGCGCGAGGGCGGGGUGGCCCGUCAGGCGUGGCAGUGCGCUGCGCAGGAAGGAGGAGGACGAGUUUGGCGCUUCGACGGCCCGCCGACGGGCGCGGGCACGGCGCCUCCUCGCUGCCGUGACGGCGGCUGGCAAGGCGGCCAGCGGCGGUCCAGGCGCGACGCGGCGGCGGCGGAACGCCGCGUGGCACGCGCUGCUGGCCCUUGCGGCCGGAUUCGCGCGCGCGUCCGCAGAGGGCAUCUCGCGGGCCGCAGCAGGCCCCCGCCCGGAACGGCAGCCCGCGACCCCCGUGGUGCUCGACGAGGCGCUCGGCCACGCGAAGGACGGGAUCGUUGAGGAGCACGUCGACGAUGAGGAGCCGGCCGACCCCCUCCAGGCGAGGAUUGCCGCUGCGCGAACGGCUCGCUUGGCGGCGGGGCUCGUCGAACAGCUGCAGGCCCUGCGCGAGCAGUCGCGCCCGCGGCGGCGCGCCGCCUGUCCACCACCCUUCACCCUCACGCUGGAGGUCAUCAGCGAGGAUGCCGGUGAGACCGUGGACGAGGAGUUCGGCUCCGAGGAGGAGGAGGGGGAUGCGCUGUACGUUGCGUUCCCUGGCGGCGACGCGCACGCCGACACGGGCCCAGAGCGGGCCGCGACGGAGCUCGUGACAUACGAGGCCGUGGGCACGUGGGCAGAGCCGGGGGAUUUCGACGAAGGCGGGCGGUUUGCCCCUGGGUUGCUCGGUCGCCUCCUCUGGAGCACUGAGGUUACGGUUGGGCGUGUCAUCGAUCCUGCGGGCCUGUUCGGAUGGCCUGAUGAUGCAUCCGACAGCUCGCCCUCGUCCAUGGUGGUGGAGGAGCAAGGAGAUGCAACGGACGGGCGAGACGGCGAUUUCGGGGACGUCGGCGUCGAGGAUCUCGAUGUCGGGCUUGACGACGAUUUCGGCGGCGUCAGCGACGAGGAUCUCGAGGAUGUGGUGGAGUGCAGGACGUCGAUCAGCCUCCCCAAGGACGCCUUCAGGGACCUGUGCAAGGCGCGUGCGGCCUUCGGUAGGUUGCCGACGCCGUUUGCGCGGCGGCAGGCUCAGAUCACGGCCGUCGGCCGCGACGAGUUCGACGACGAGGUGCUGCUGGCGGGGCUGGGCUUCGUCGUGGAAGGGCGCGUGGAGGUCGGCCCUUGCUUGGAGCCGAUUGCGGCCAGCCCAACGGCGCCGCGCGGCCCAGCGGAGCUGGCGAUGGGGCAGUAUAGGAGUGCCAUCAGGGACGAGUGCGGCAAGAGCAGCGGUCGAGGCUUCGUGGCUGCAGGCGAGCUCUUGGAUGCGGCGGCCGCCUCGCGGAUGGCCCUCGUCGCGGCCAGCUCUCUCCUCGGGGUCCCACUCGAGGCAUCCCUGGCCUUCGACGCCCAGGGUACCGAUGAG